CUUGCCCCUGGCAGAGCGGCAGCUUCUGAGAGCGCCUGCGCCAUUUUUUAAUGCGGAGGCGCGGUUGCCAGGCAACCGAGACGCCGUGGUCCCAGACUCUAGGUCUUGCUAGAUAGAGAUCAUGGCCAAAUUCGUGAUCGCGGGGAAAGCAAACUGCCCGUACUACGCCAAGGCAGAACUCCUGGCAGACUAUUUGCAAAAGAAUCUUCCUGAUUUUCGGAUUUUUAAAAUCACACAGCAUCCUGAUGUGUGGGAGGAGUGGCUAGAAGACAUUUGUGAAAAGAAUAGAUGGGACCACAGCACCUCCCCCAUUAUCUGGAGAGAGCUCCUGGACCGUGGAGGCAAGGGCUUGCUUUUGGGAGGAUACAAUGAAUUCCUGGAGCACGCCCAGCUUUACUAUGGUGUCACUUCCAGCAUGACAACGGACCUGAUGAUGCUCAUUGCUAAAGAGAACCUGGAGGCACAUAUAGAAGAAGAGGUGGAGAAAAAAACCCUGAAAGAUCUCAUCACCCCCCUGCAGGUCUGGAUUGCCAGCGCGAGCAAUACUGCAUGCUACCACAUAAUCCCCAUCUUGAUAAGUGGAGAAGUGUUUGGGACGCACAGAGAGAUCAGCCUGACCCUGUUUGACCGGGAGCAGAUGGAAAGCCACCUGGAAAGCUUAGUGGUGGAAGUCGAGGACUUGGCAUCGCCCGUCCUCCGCAGCGUCUCCCUCUGCACGAACACGGAGGAUGCCUUCCUCCGGGCCCAAGUCAUCGUCAUCCUGGACGACAGCACAGACGAGGAAGUGUACACCCUGGAGAGCUGCCUGAGAAGCCGGGUGCCGCUCUGCCGCCUCUACGGUUACCUGAUGGAAAAAAAUGCUCACGAGUCCGUCAAGGUCAUCGUGGGCGGGAAAACCUUUGUGAAUCUUAAGACAGCCUUACUUAUGCAAUAUGCCCCUAAUAUCGCGCACAACAUCAUUGCAGUGGCUCUGGGGGUGGAAGGCCAAGCAAAAGCAGCAGUGGCCCGGAAGAUGAAAACAACCUCAGCCAGCAUCAAAGAUGUAAUAAUUUGGGGUAAUAUCAGUGGAAAUAACUACAUUGAUCUGAGGAAAGCCAAAGUUUAUGACUAUGACAGUGCUAUUAAGGGACCUCCUGGAUAUUGUCACUCAGUGUUAAACUUGAUUUUUGACAGUGAGUGGGUAACGAAAGAGUUUGUGAUGAGGCUUCGGAACUUGAGCAGCACUGGAAAGGAAUUUGGGGGCAUUUUGGCUGCACACAGCAUAGCCACCACCCUGAAGUACUGGUAUCAUGGCUCACCACCUGGAGAGAUUGUUUCCUUGGGGAUAAUGAGUGAAGGCCAAUUUGGUAUUCCAGAAGGGGUCGUGUUCUCUAUGCCUGUGAAAUUUGAGAACGGAACGUGGGUAGUUCUUACAGACCUUGAGGGCAUUUCGCUGAGUAAGCAGAUAAUAAACUGGCUCACGGAUGAUCUGAUUCAGGAAAAACGUGUUGCAUUUGGAGACUUAAAAACUUUUCAGCCAGUUGAAGAAGGUACCACAUGGCUGAAGAGGUGGCCUGUGGGUAGGAGCGCUUGCUCUGCAAGAAGGAGUUUGGAUUGGUGGCACUCACACAGAAGAGCGAGUGUGGUCAAACAUGUGUGCCUGUAACUCCCAAAGCUUCAGGCGGGCAAGAGCUGUCAACCAAGCUCUAUUUUAAUGAAAGACCCUGUCUUAAAAAACCAAAGUGGAGAGAGUUAGAAGAGCCAUGACCUCCUCCUUUUGCCGUGCACACAUGGCCAGGCCCAUGCACCUGCAUUCACACUCACAUACCAUGCAGUGCUCACACACACAUGUGCAUGCAUACACACAGAUAUGAAAUGCUUGUUAUAGCUGAAUUGCUGUUAAUACUAAUAUAGAUAACUAGACUACAUAUUUUGUUUUUAAAACUAAAUUGUUAGCAAAAUAAGCGGCUAAAUUCAAUGUGUCUUUAGAAAUAAAGCAUAAAAUGCUAAAGAAAUCACAGUUUUAGAAUACUGUGGCUUUGUAAGUUUUGUGUAUUCCACAUUUACUAGUUUUUCAGAACUAGUAAACAAGUUAGCCUGCACCAGGUGACAUAAGACUAAGAUGUCAGUAAAGCCCUGUUCUCUGCAAGUUCUAGAGAAGAACCUUCCUUGCUUAGCCUGGUUCUAGUAGAGGUACUUGGCAGUGUUGACUCGUAAACAUACCACAUUCUUUGCCAUCCUGCACACAUCUGUCUGUGCCCUGGAUGUUUGUGUUUCCAAAUCUCUCUCAAGCCACAAGGACUAGACCUCAUUGCGUUUAAGACCAGUCUUGAUUUCACUAUGACUCCAUUUAAAUUUGUACUUGUAUUUUUUGUUAUAUGUAUGUGUGUACAUGCAUAAUUUAUGUGCACCACAUGUGUGCAAAAGCCUGCAGAGACCACAAUAGAGUGUUGGGUCCCCUGGACAUGGCAAUUGCAAGCUUCCUUGUGGGUGUUGGGAACCAAAGUCUGGUCCUCUACAAGAUCAGAAAAUGCUCUUAACUGCUGAGCUGUCUCUUGAGCCCCCAUAAGACCCUUAUUUUAAAUCGAUUAUCUCUUCUCUGCCUACAAAAAAGAUUAAAAGUACAGGCACCAGCAGUUAGAACUGCUAUCUAUCUUUGGGGAAGCACAGUCUAACCUAUUAUACCAUAUUUACUUUUAAAUAACUUUAUUUACAAUCCAAUAAAUAUCAAUAAACACACUUUUCCCUUUGAUGGUUUUCUAAUCAUGAACUCAUAAGGAAGUGCUGCCUUCUCUCCUUUUUUUCUUCUUUGAGCCAUUUAAAAAAUUCUCAAUUGGGCAUGGUAGCACACACACCUUUAAUCCUAGGAGGCAAAGGCAGGCUUAUGUGAGUUUGAGGCCAUCCCUGGUCUACGUAGUCUCUCUGAAGAGAAACCCUGUCUUGAAAAGCAAAGCCAAGCAAACAAACAAAAACAAGAACAAAUUCUCAGUUUACAUCUGGAAGAAGACAUGUUGAAGUGAAUACACUUAUCUAUGCAAAGAGCAUUAACCAAAUGUCUUUCCCAACCUUAGAUUCUCUUCUUCCACUAAUAUUUGUGGAGUACCAACAGUGAGCUGACAGUAAAAACUGAAAGUAUAAGGUAGAUAAAAUAGAUGGUGGCCAUGCCUGAUCCAAAUGGCAUCUCUCUCUACCUGAGGAAUGAGAAGAAAGGGAUUCUGGGAGGGCUUAUGCCAGGGAAUAGAAGAGAAAACCUUGGGCCAGGAACACACAGAUGGACUUGUUUGGAAGAACUACAGAAGAACUUGGGUGACCAAAGCCCAAGGACAAUGGCAGAGAGGCAGAGUCAUAAAGAAUGCCUGUGCCAGCUAAUGGAAGACUUUGAGAACAGGCGGCAGAGGGACAACGAAAGAGGAGCCGAAGAGUCAGCCACACAGGACGGGCAAUGCAGGCUGGUGCAGUGUGUAAAUAGUUCAAAAAGCAAAGCUGUGCACAGAAAGUGAAGGGAUGAGGAGAGCAGCACACUAACAUGAAGAAAGGAUCAGUGUCUGCCAGGGUCCUCGAAACUGGGCAGAGGUGUAUGUUUGUUGACAGGGGAAAUGGCAGAGAGAGCGCCAUCAUUCAGAAUAGGCGAUAAGCGCAUGGUGUGUGUCAGUAAAGGGUGUGAGUGGGACUAUGUACUAUGAGAGCACCUGAAGGGCCAAUUAGGGUCUACCAUUCUGACAGUGAAAUACCUAUGCAAUGUCUAAAAUGGAAAUAUCAGAGAGAUAAUGUCUUAAUCCUAGAGUUCAGAAAGUCCUGGACUAUAGCUGUCAAACUGGGAGCUGUUGAUCCAUAAACAGCCAUGGACACAUGACUAUGAUGGAUUUAUCUGGAAAACAAGAGGAUAAGGAGGGAUCCAGCCUUUGAGGGUUAAAUAGAGCAGGGGAGGUUGGCAAAGGUGCAUGAUGGAGAGAUGGGAUGAGAUGUUGUGAUGUCAUGGAAGGAAGACCAAGUUGUAUGAGGCUGACGGUGGUGAGGAAGAGGGCCGGUCACAUGAAAUGAGGCCCCAAACACACCCAAUGGAUGGAUAGCCUAGAAGUCAUUCACAGCUAUGGUGAGAAUACUUUUAUGGACUGAAAAGGGAAGACAUGAAACCAGAAAGGACUUUAGAUUGUGGGGUUCACAUGCUAAAUGCUCUGGGCUAGAGGAAUGCACUGGAAGGACUUUCUAAAGGAGACGGCAGACUACUGAGUUAUGAGGAAAGCACGGGAAAAAUGGUGAGUAGGAGGGCUCUCGUCAGAGGGAGCAACAUCCACAAGAAGUAAGGAAAAAUGCUCAGAGAACUGCUACAUUUUCUGUAGAAAUAGAGCUUGACCUGAGGAAUGUCUGGAGACCGGGAAUGGAACAAAGAACCAUUUUAAACAAACAAGUGAUUAGGGAGAUGAGAGAGACAGAUGUAAAUUUUAAGUUUAGAGUGGUUGCUAUUUGUGAUGUCUGAUAUAGUAGAAUGAGUUGAAAGAAAACCUAGAAGCAAGAAGACCAGCUCUGCAGCCAGAGGAGAGGCCAAUAUGGCAGUAUGGAGGUGCAGCUAGAUUUGAACAAAGCAGUGGCCACGGCAGUAUAGAAAGAGUUACUGUUGACAGAAGUUGGGCAGUCUGAAACAGAGGGAAAGGAAAAGUCAAGGGAGUCUAGAAUGUGCCCAAGGAUUUGGCUGGGUAAAUGGCUCAGUAUCUUAAGUGCUUGGUAGCAAGGGUAAGGAUGCAGGCGGAGGGUAGACAGGAGGAUCUUUGGUGCUUGCUAGACAGGCUAGACAAAGAGUAAACUCUACAUUCACAGAGACCAUUUCUCAAAUGAUAAGGUAGAGAGCUGAAAUCAACCUCUAGCCUACACACAUAUACAUGUAUAAACACACAUGGGUAAAUGCACACAUGGACACACACACAAGCAAUGUGCCCAGGGGAUAUUUGGAUUUAGGAUAUAUCAUUUAGGACUAUCCCUGGAAUAGAAUUCCCUAACAGUAAGCACCAAAUGGGUUAACAAUGUGGAGCUAUUGAUCUCAGCCCUAAGAACAGCAACAGCUCAAGCUGGCUGCCUCCACUGCCUCGUCAUUCGCCGUGUGUGCUGUCAUGAGGACGACGGGCAGGGCAUGAUUAAGGGAGAGCGUAGAGAUGAAGGAGCAGGUUUUCAGGAAUCCUGUAAGUGAACGUGUCUUCUGAACAAUGGACACAUGUCUCCACGCGUAAGAGAGAUCUGGGUGGGAAAGGAAGAGAUGGAGUGAUCAGCAACCAUUAUUUGAUUUCUUAGAAGAAUCUGGGAACUAUGUGGACCUCUAGGAGGAGGUCCCAAGUGACUAGAAAAGGAACACUUCCUCACCCGUGCUCUCUAAUUCCUUUGGACUUGGUUUUGUGAGUAAUUACACAUCCAAAAAAUGGACAUACAUAUCCAAAAAUAGAAAGAAGUGGGUAGAUAGCUGGAUGGUGAAUAUUAAUGUUUAGCCACCAUUAGGAAGAGGAUGAAGCUAGAGCAGAGUGGGAAGAGUCCUCACGGCAGAGCACAGGAUCAGAUCUAAUCCAGAAGCAUGUCUAGUGUUAAGUCUGGAGGGUGGGACUGCAGAUGGAGGUGCCUGUGCGGCAGGGAGAGCACAGAACAAAGCAGCAGUCAGGGACAGAUCUCUGGAGUAAAGACCAUAAUGAAGAAGGGAAGCGCUGGAAUUAAUUAAUUUUGAAAAGGAGAUACAUUAUAUGGAAGAGGUACAGGGAGUUCAAUGCAAGUCAGAAACCAAAACCAAGAGUCCAGAGUGUGAUUGUGGGAUUCCUUAAAAUGAUGCCCAGCUUCCUGGAUGCAGAAGUGAAACAUGCCCCCAAAUAUUAGCCUGUGCUUUUAUCCUAAAUAUUAAUGUGUACUUCCAUCCUAUUUUGUGAGCAUUGCAAACCUCGAUGCUGUGUUCCAUAAAUUUUCUAAGGUUUUUCAUACUGAUUUUAUCUGUAAGAAUAAAUUAUCUCCCUAAAGUUUUUUUUUCUCACUUUCUUCUCCUUUUAUUACUCAGGCUUUAAGUGGUUGGGGUGAUUUGGGUACCUACAUUGAACACGGGAAUGGAAGAAACCAGACUUGUUGUUUUGCUUAGCCUCUGAGGAGGAAGGGGCUAAGGCAAAGAGGUUGAAAGGAACUGUGAUACAGGUAGACUGUAUUUGGUGGGUCUGUGUUUGCACAAAGAAGGAAAAGAUAAUGAGAAAUCAAGUUUUCAAAGCCCAACCAGAGGUGAUAGUAAACGUGUCUAAGAAUCAGUCAGUGCAAAUUCCAACCAAAGAUGGUUGCUUUCUUUCAGAAUGAGCUAGUGAGAAGACACUGACAGAAGGCCAUUGGUUAGACCAAGGAGCAUUUAGUGAGAUCUGGGCAGAACGUGAGGCUGGGGAAGUCAGAGCUUGGCUGAUGAUCAAGUCCCCAGAACAGAGCCAAAAUAAACACAGCCCAGAGGCAAGAUGGGGGGUGUUCAGGUUGUAGAAGUCCAAGGAGCAGCUGGUUUUAACUUGAGUUCUUUUAUUCUUAAAAUUUACAGGUCCUCUGGGUGGCUGCAUGGGUUUGGCAGGCAAGAAUGUAAUUUUCUUCCUCUAGAAAGGGCUUCAAAACUGUCAUCCUAUGUUUGACUCAUUAACUGGUAACUGGUCCUAAAUUUCUCAACUAUGCUUGACUAUGAAAAGUCUUGUGAAAGAAUAUGACAUGGUAUAAACUGAAUUUUUAUUUAUUAGCAAAGGUCUAGAUUGCUUUUUACUUUGUUGCCUUUGGACCUUGUCUCCACCCCAAAAAUAGAGCCCACUGUCCCAGAUAUUCCAAAAAUCACUAGAGCAAUGUACCUCUCAGUUUGGAGAUCUCUGUUAACUAGCUCGUCAGUGAGAAGAUUCAUGUAGGAGGCUCAGGAGAUCUCUUCAGUUACUUUAAUACUUAAUUUUCUGACCUUCAGGCUAUAAACUAAGUUUUAAAAAGGUCAAAACACCUCUGACUUCUCAACAAAUGACAGCCAGAAAGAGCAUAAGGCCAUGAGUAGUAAGUAGACUUGGGUGGAGGAAAAAAUAUGUUCCAUUCAAUCUAAGAAUUUGCACUGAGUUUCAAAGAAAGAAAUUUAAUCAUCUGUUAGCCAUAAAACAGUUAAGACCUUCAAAAUCCUCAUCCCAUACUAAAAAAAUAAGAUCAUAUUUAUUACUUGAUCCUAUCCCAAAUGUCAAACUACAUGAGAUCAUAUUUUAAAGGUACUAAUAAAUCCUCAUAGCAAACUAUAGCGUAUUCCUUGAGCUUCGCAGAAUCACUGAUUUCUGUGAGAGACAACGGAAGUACAAUAAAUAAGGAGGCUGUCAUAGCUAGGGUUUCUGUUGUUGUGUUAAAACUCUGACCAGAAACAACCUUGGGAGAGAAUGGGUUUAUUCAGCUUACACUUAUACUUGAGAGACUACCAUCAAAGGAAGUCAGAGCAGGGACCUGGAAGCAGGAACUGAUGCAGAGGCAAUGGAGGAGUACUGUUAAUUGACUUGCUCAUGCUGCUUUCUUACAGCUCCCUGGACCACCAGCCCAGAGUGGCACUAUCCACUGUGAGCUGGGACCUCCCACAUCGAUCAUCAAAAUGUCCGACAGGGUUGCCCACAGACCAGUUCUAAGGAGGCAUUUUCUCAAGUGAAGUUCCCUCUUCCCAGAUGACUAAAGAUUGCAUCAAGUUGACAUAAAACUUGCUAGCACAGAGGCUCUAGUCACACAAACUGUGUAGGAGAAGGGCCUAAGAGCCCAUGACAUGCCAAGACUCACAAUUAGUUUAACAGCUUAACAAAACAGGGUUUUGAAAAUCAAAAUGAAGGAAACACGAUUGGCAAUCUAAACAUUCAGAGGGAGAGGAAAGAUCCAGUAACAUGAAGGAGAAAAACCUAAACAAGUCUUAAAGUUACUUUAGAACUAAGACGGCAGAGGAGAAGAACUAAAUGGGUGUUUGUUCAGAAACAGCGCUGCAUUGGUCAUGCAGCUUAAGCGUUCUAGACAUCCGCCAGUUAGCAGCGGGCACGCUGACGGUGCUGCAUGGGUUUUCUGUUUUCAUGUGAGAUGUAUUUUUUACAUCACAGAUGGAAGAAGUGGGGAGACAGGGAGGAGCCAUGGUAGGUGCUUUAAAACACAUCAAACAGUGUGGGGUCAGGGCCAGUUUUGUUAUUUAUUUUUCUGUCUUCACAUGAAAACAAGCACAAAUGAAUUUUGAUGGACCUGUUUUGGAAGACUGUAAUUCUGAAUUCACCAAGCCUGUGCCCUCCUAUAGUGAUAUAUGAUUGUGUUUUAAUAAAUAAAGCUUGCCUGAAGAUCAGAGGGCAAAGCAACCACACUAGUCAGCCAUACAGGCCAGGGAGUGGUGGCUCAUAGCUUUAACCCCAGGAUUUGGGAGACAGGCAGAGGGAACCCUGUUAGUUCAAGGCCACCCUGGGUUACACAAGAUUGAAUCUGUCUAAAAGAGAAACAGAGCUCACACAAAGGUGAUCCCAGCACUUGGAAUCAUACACCCUUAAUCCUGGCACUAAGGAGGUGGAGACAGAGUUAUAUGGCUGUACAGAGAGAGGAGGAGGUGGAGACAGAAGUUAUAUGGCUGUACAGAGAAAGGAAUAUAAAGAAGAGACAGGAACUCAGUGGAGUGUGGGGUCUGAGGUAGGUGGAGAGCGUUGCAGGAUAGCCCUUUCGGUCUGAAGAUUUGGUAGAAGUAAAAGGUCUCUCUAGCGGUUGAUUGUUUUGCUUUUCUUAUCUUCAGGCUGAACCCCAGUAUCUGUCUCUGGGUUUUUCUUAUUCAUGCUACACCCUCCUCUGGUCACCUCCCCAAGUUCAACCUUUCAGUAUAAUCACGAGAAGGUUUGCACUUCAACAUAUGGGUUGAUAGGGUGGAGAACACAAUCGUUUACACCCUGUGGAGAGGCAGUGCUGGCACAGAGGCCUAGGCAGGGUGGAAGCAGCUGGGGGUCCCUGUGGUAGCUGGGAGGGUAAGGAAAGACUUCCCGGAACAGAUGACGUAGGAGCUGGGCUGCGUGGUGAUGGAUCCUUCUUUCCUGGGAUUUAGAACAAAAGUGUGAAGUUGAAGAGGAGAGGAGAGAGGGGAUGCUAAAAGGCACCUCCCUCAGCAAAGAGGCCUUAUGGGUAACCAAGGCAAGGCCAGAGGUGCAUAAUUCCCCCAAACAGUACAGUAAGGUAUCCGGGUUAGGACAGGGGAUGCAAAAUGGACUAACAGACCUGGGGAAGAAGGUAGCGAUCAUGUGAUGCUAGGUUAUUUGGCCAAAGCAUGGACUAGUUGGAGGUCAAGCCUUCUGAACUACCCUGGCCAUUUCAGUAGCCUCUGGAGGUCGUUUACAGCCCCGUCACUGUCCAGAGACCUGGGCCCCAGCUUCAGCAGAGCUUGAGAAGCCUGGAUUUAAUCUGGAGAGGAAUUAUUCCUCCAGGAAGGCUGACUGGCACUGCAGAGGCCCCGAGAGAACUGCGAGUCUAUAAAAUCUGUUAUGAAGAAGGUGACUAGCUGCUUCCUGGGAUGAGCAGGAAAGAAACCAAGCUGUAGAAAACACAUUUCUCUAAAAUAAUUCCAGUUCAAGUUGCUAGUUGAAACUUGAGGUACUUAACCUUCUGCCAAGUGAUAUCCUUAGCGGAAGAUAUUAGAUAUCAGACUAAAGAACUCUGAGGCCCCUGACUAAGUAGAGAAGAUGGCACUGAUUUCAGGUUUUGGGGUGUGUGUGUGAUUUUUUUUGAAUAAGCAUUAAAAUCAAGCAUACCAUAUAGUUUUUUCUGAAUUGGGCAUCAAAAUGUGAAUUAUUAAGAAAAUCAACUUAAUCACCAGGACUUUCCCAUUGAAAUAUUAUAAAACUGGCAACAGGUGGGUUAAGAGAGCUGUUUUUCCAGUGAACUGGGAAAGGAUAGAACAGUAUAGCACAGGAUAGAUCAGGGCAGCACAGGAUAGACCAGGAUAGCACAGGAUAGACCAGGACAGCACAGGAUAGACCAGGAUAGCACAGGAUAGACCAGGACAGCACAGGAUAGACAAGACAGCAGAAAGAGAGGGAGAGAGGAAAAAAAUAAUAGAUAAAUAAAUCCUAUAUAUAUUAAUAAUAGCGAAUACAACAUAUCAAUACCAUAAUCUGUAUGUUAAUAUGCUUUAAUCAUAUGUAGGUAUUAAUAUUACACAUACACACACAUGUGAAGCCAGGCAUGCGCCUGCCUAUGAUCCUAGUACUUAAGCAGUUAACUAACUCUGCUCAGAAUCAGAAACCAGCCUGAGCUAACAAUGAGACACUUUCUCAAAAAAAAAAAAUGAAACGAAUGGUAAGUAAAAAGUGAUUAGAAAGCAGUUUUUUGAUUAAUUCGGAGUAUUGUGUAAAGUAAUUUUUAGUCAAUCUGUGUGUCCACAAACAUAAUGAGCUAUGAUAUCACACACACACACACAGAGAGAGAGAGAGAGAGAGAGAGAGAGAGAGAGAGAGAGAGAGAGAG